CAUGAUCCCUCAACUAGCAUGUCUUCCCUCCUCCAUAAAAUAUUAUCAUACUCACUCACAUAGCAGCAGCUUGCAUCAAUAUUCACACAAAAUUCUCUCUCUCUCUCUCUCUCUUCUCUCCACCGCCUUAGAAGAAAAUUUCCCAACUCAGUGGGUUUUGUUUUUCUCAUAUUCUAUAAUAGAGUCUCGAACUUACGGUUACACCGGCCAGAAACUCAUAACUGCAAUUUCUCAUUAACGGUAAGGUGGUUGCAGUUCGAGGCGGAGGAAGGAAGCAAGCAAGCGGCGGCGAUUAUUUGAUACUAAGCUGUGUAACGACGGAGACGACGGAAGAGAAAACUGAUUCGCACGUGUGUACGUGCAAAAUAACAAACAAAAAGAAAACCGUUUGUAAUUGCAGGUGCAGGUUCGUGUGGGUGGGUGGUUAAAAAAACAGUUAGAGAUCACGGUUAUUUUGUGAAAAAAGAAACAAAAUGCCUCACAGAGCAACUUACUUUUUUCCUAGGCAAUUUCCAGAGAAAAGAUUGGAUGAAUCUUCCAACAAGAUUUUAGAUCACGAGAAGAAAAAACUUGCAGUCAAUUCAACUGAUGCAACUUGUUGCAUUGAAAAUGAUAUUGUUACUGCAACUUCUGCUUCUCAUAAAGACGACGUCGUUUUCUCUCCGGCUAAAAACUCGGCUGUUUCUGAUCUUCUUAGUAGCGGCGAUAAGUUCCGAUGCGAACAGAAGCAGAUUGCUGCGUUUUGUGAUUGGUUGGUUGAUAAACGACAUACUCAUCAUUCUCAUCAUGCUCGUCAUUCUCAUCAUGCUCAUCACCAUCACCACCGUCGUCAUCAGCAUCAUCAUCAUCACCGUCACCGAUCGGAUCAAUGUCUACCUGAAGACGAGCCUCUACUUCCGGAUUUGCAUGCGGAAAAGGAUGCUGUUGCUGCUGAUCGGAGCUUUGAUCGGGAAGUUUCGCUUCCGAGAUUAUCAAGUGGAAGUAGUUACGCUGCGAGUUUGUUUGCUUCGGAUGUUACCGUUACUGCUACAUUCUCGAGCGAUGACAUUGCUAGAGAAGAUACUACGUCGUCGUUUCGUGUUUCUACGAAUGAAGCUGCGAGAAGGAACGAACAGCAUCAACACAAGGAGGAAGAGGAACAACAUGAAGAAGAAAAAUGCGGCGAAGAAGAGAACUACACUAAGAAGUAUAAAGAAAGCUAUGAACUACAAUUUGCUUUGGCGAAGAGGCUUUCUUUCUUAUCAAGCUUUGGUUCUGAACCGGUUCUCACUUUCGAUACUGGAUUAGAAACUUGGGACGUUGAAUCCGUUUCUCGUCGCUUAUGGGUGACGGGAUGUUUGUCUUACACGGACAAGAUUUCGGACGGAUUUUAUAACAUAUUGGGAAUGAAUCCGUAUUUGUGGUUGAUGUGUAAUGACAUGGAGGAAGAAGGGAAUUGCCUUCCUACGUUGAUGGCGCUUAGAGCGGUUGAGCCCAAUGAGAGUUCAUUGGAAGUGAUUCUUAUUGAUAGACGAGAGGAUUCUCGUCUUAAGGUACUUCAAGAUAAAGCUCAAGAGCUGUAUUCUGCUUCUGAGAAUACCUUGAUGCUUGUUGAAAAGCUCGGAAAACUUGUUGCUAUCUUUAUGGGGGGCACCUUCCCUAUGGAGCAAGGGGAUAUGCAAAGGAGGUGGCAGAUGGUCAGCAAGAGGUUGAGGAAUUUUCAUCAGUGUGUUGUGCUUCCCAUUGGUAGUUUGUCUACAGGAAUCUGUAGGCAUCGUGCAAUUCUCUUCAAGAGAUUGGCAGAUUAUAUAGGUUUACCAUGCCGCAUUGCUCGAGGUUGCAGGUACUGUGCAUCAGAUCAUCAGUCGUCUAUUCUUGUCAAGAUUAAAGAUGACAGACAACUGUCAAGGGAGUAUGUUGUUGACCUGGUUGGGGAACCAGGAAAUAUUCUUGGGCCAGAUUCAUCAAUUAAUGGAGCAUAUGCAUCUUCCACACCUUCCCCAUUUCAAAUAUCUCAUUUGAGAAAAUCUCAGUCGCCCUAUGUGGAUAAUGCAGCAUCUCCUCAAGUUAUAGGUGUUAAUCAGAUUUCUCCCCAAGUUAUAGGUUUUAAUCAGAUUUCUCCCGACAAUCACCUGUAUUCAGGCCGUUUACAGGAAGAACAACUAAGUAAAGAAACUGAUUUGCUGAAAAAUAAUAAUGGCUUCAUUUAUGCUCCAGUCGAUCAAACUUGUGGAGGUGCUUCUGAAGCUCUUUGCCCAGCCUCUGAAGCAUUAUUACAUGAAAUUCCAUUUGUUGGUAAGGACUCAGUUGUAGUCCAAGAAAUUUCUUAUAAUGAGAUCAUUGCAAAGGGAAGUUUGGUGGUAAAUGGCAUCCAGUCAAAGCAGGAACAUGUAGACAGUAGACAGGGUGCUGGUGAUAUUCCAAAAUAUGUAAAUCUUGAACCAUCACUAGCAAUGGACUGGCUUGAGAUAUCAUGGGAUGAACUACGGAUCAAAGAGCGCGUUGGUGCUGGAUCAUUUGGGACAGUGUACCGUGGUGAAUGGCAUGGAUCAGAUGUUGCUGUCAAAGUUUUAUCAGUUCAGAAUUUUCAUGAUGAACAGUUGAAAGAGUUUUUGAGAGAGGUUGCAAUAAUGAAACGUGUUCGCCAUCCAAAUGUGGUUCUCUUCAUGGGUGCGGUUACAAAACGUCCCCAUUUAUCUAUAGUGACAGAGUAUUUGCCUAGAGGUAGUUUAUUUCGCCUGAUACAUAGACCAGUGUCGAAUGAAAUUCAGGAUCCAAGGAGAAGAUUACGAAUGGCUAUAGAUGUGGCUAAAGGGAUCAAUUAUCUCCACUGUCUGAAGCCUCCAAUUGUGCAUUGGGAUCUCAAAUCCCCAAACCUGUUGGUAGACAAACAUUGGAAUGUAAAGGUGUGUGAUUUUGGGCUGUCGAGAUUUAAGGCGAACACUUUUUUGUCAUCAAAAUCUGUUGCUGGAACGCCUGAGUGGAUGGCUCCAGAAUUUCUCCGUGGAGAACCUACAAAUGAGAAGUCUGAUGUAUACAGUUUUGGAGUUAUCCUGUGGGAACUCGUGACCUUACAACAGCCAUGGGAAGGACUUAGCCAUGCCCAGGUGGUUGGAGCUGUGGCAUUCCAGAAUAGGAGGCCUUCUAUCCCUCCAAACAUCUCUCCGGUAUUAGCCUCCCUAAUGGAAUCUUGUAUGGCAGAUAACCCUGCUGAACGCCCAUCUUUUGCUAGCAUAGUUGAGACACUAAAGAAGCUUCUAAAGUCACCCGCAGAUGCGAUAAAAAUGGGUGGAACAUUAGAAGCCUGCCGCCCAUCAUAACGAGCAGUGCUGAAAUUUGUUGCCUAUGUAUGGGAAAUUAAUUAACAAGUAACCUGACCCUUGUUGGUCAUAAACUCUUAUUGGUGGAACCCUUUUGUUGUUUGCAACUGGAUAUCAGUUGCUUAAUUCAUACUAACAUUUCAUAAGGGCAAUUAAAGCCAUGAAGUCUAGAAACUUAAAAAGUCCGAAUAUGGGAUUGUUGUAAGUGGUCCAAGGACCUAAAGCUCUUUUGUCUUAUUGAUUGAGAUCUAUAAAUAUUCAUGCACUUGUGACU